AUGAUAAAGCUGGGGUUUUCUGACUGGCUCUGGUUGGAGAGUGGCCCUGAUGCUGGAUCCCUACUUGGGGUGCGGGCUGGAGGUGCAUGGAAGAGACUGAUCUCCCGGGAUAGAAUAAUGUCUUUAUUCUAUGGUACCUGGAAGCAACUAAAUCAUUUAGAUGCUGUGUGUUUGUGUGAAUCGGGCUUGGGGGCCCAUGUGUGGGCCCAGUGGUGUGAUUCUGAUGCUCUGUGUCUGUGUGUGUUUCCUCAGGAGAUGUUUUCCUCCUACACAGCACAAGUCACCUGUGAACUUUCUAAACACUUCUUAUCACCACUGCCCACUGACUAUACAUUACUUGAUUCUUUCCUCAGCUCAGCCAUUCCUCAUGUUUGGUUAAUAUUCAUUUUCCUCAAGUGA